AGAGCCGAGAGUCGUCGAGAUUUGAGAGGAAGUCGAGAGAUGUCGACUCAAGCUAACGAUCCACGGCAGCCGUCUGCGGCGAAGCCUUACGUUGCUCCGGCGGUGAGCCCGCAAGAUCUGCCGGUCGAUUAUUCCGGUUUCAUCGCCGUAGUUUUCGGCAUCGCCGGUGUCAUGUUCAGGUACAAGCUUAGUUCGUGGCUGGCCAUCAUAUUUUGCGCCCAAUCGUUAGUGAAUAUGAGGAACAUGGAGAACGAUCUUAAGCAGAUUUCCAUGGCCAUGAUGUUUGCUAUUAUGGGAUUAGUUUCGAACUACUUGGGUCCUGCACGAUCAGGAACAAAGAGUUAAGACUCCUCCCUCACAACUGUUAUCUACUCUUCCUUUUUUCUUUGACUUAAAAGUUCAAUUUAGGAGCCUUUUAUGGUGGGCGACUGUUGUUGUUGUAUUAUGUUUUUAAAGAAAAAUCUGUGGGCAGGAAAUAUUGGGGGAUGAGCUUCCGAAUCAACAUUAAUGCCAUACGAUAAUACGAAUGAGUUAUUUGAGUGAGA